UGAAAGGUUAUUAUGGAUUUUUUGCCCAAUGAUGCCAAAAACAUUCUACCUACUGCCACUUUAAAGUCAGAGUUAGUGGUGGUGCAUCAUAUUCAGAAGUGUUUCUAAUAUUCAGCCCCCUCAUAUAUGUGAAUAGAAGCCACUUUAAUUCACAAUACCUAAUUACAGCUCUGACCUAAAUGUAAGCUAUGUGUCAAUACUUAUCAUCGUGAAUAUUGAUCAGCCAUGUGUGCACCUGUAGUGGUGGGAAUGCAAGCCAGCACUUCAGGACAUUUUGUUCGUUUUGUCUUCCUUUGCAGCACGUGUUAAAUAUGUAUUCUGCACAUCAGCUCAAAGCAAGAUCAGGGGAUGCAUAUGAAUCAUGGGUGAAAGCGUGAGGUCGGCAGUCUUUAAUGUAUACUGCACGAGGCUCCCCCUGCAGCACGUGCACCUGUCUGACCCCGCCCACUGCAGUGCACCUUCUCCCUUUAAACACGGGGCCGGAAACUGGAGCUGCUGCACGAGCCACUUUGGCUCUGAAUGCCACAGCAAUGCUCCAAUCUGCUCAUGCUCUGUAGAUCCAAAAUGGCGCUCAGUUUCCUCAUCACAACGAUGCUCAGCUUCAGCUGUGAGAUAUCCCUGCAGAGGAGGCUGUUGCCGUGGUAACGCCGGUCAAACACAGAGCCUGUGUGGUGACGUAAUGCCUCCAGCGGACAGUGUUGAUGUUGUGGAUGAGACUGUUAACAGCUGACGGUGCAGACUGUGCGCAGCUGAGUGAUGAGGCUGCUGUGGUGCAGGAUUGAUAUAAAACACGUGUGAUUUGCAUAAAUGUGUGCGUCAUCGAGACAAAAAACUUUACAACCUCUAGGAUAAAUAAAUAUUUAUAAUAAUAAUAAUAAUAAUAUAAUAAUUUAUAAUAUACAGUAUAGGCCUAAUCUUAAGAAGCCAGAGCGUGCUUAAAUGAACUGCGAAGUUGCUGACCUUAUUAUAAAAAAUAAAUGACCUCACUGUUUCUGCAGCAGGAGAGAGAGAAAACAGAGCAGAUGAUGAUGUGAGGGUGUGUGUGUGUGUAUGUGUGUGUGUGUUUGGGUUGUGUGGAGAGAGGAAGCCACAGAGAGGCAGCAGGGACGGGACGCUGCUCUGUUAAUCCAACUUGACUGAAGUUAUAGGACCGGAGCUGAUCGUCCUUGCAGAGAUGCUGCGGUCAUUGAAACAAACGGCGCACAUCUAUAACGAGAGUUCAGACGGUGACUGUUAAAGUGAAGUGAAGAUGACAGUACUGAAAGACAUCCCGGACAAAUGGUUUCCACUCGUUCUGCCUCUGAAAAGAAUAAAGAAACAGAAAGGACUGAAUGAUGGAGCCACAUCGAAAAAGAAGCGGACAGAGGAGGAGAGAAGGGUCAGAGCCAAUGACAGAGAGUACAACGAAAAGUUUCAGUACGCGAGUAACUGCAUCAUGACAUCCAAGUACAACAUCGUCACCUUUCUGCCCGUCAACUUGUUUGAGCAGUUCCAGGAAGUAGCCAACACCUACUUCCUUUUCCUGCUCAUACUACAGUUAAUACCUCAGAUCUCCUCCCUCUCCUGGUUCACUACCAUCGUGCCUUUAGCUCUGGUGCUGAGCAUCACCGCAGUAAAGGAUGCCACAGACGACUACUUUCGUCACAAGAGCGACAACCAAGUGAACAACCGCCAGUCUCAGGUCCUCAUCCGUGGCUCGCUACGGAAUGAAAAGUGGUUGAACGUUCGAGUGGGUGAUAUCAUCAAACUGGAAAACAAACAGUUUGUGGCAGCUGACCUGCUCCUGUUGUCCAGCAGCGAACCUCACGGACUCUGUUACAUCGAGACAGCCGAGCUGGACGGAGAGACCAAUAUGAAGGUUCGUCAGUCCGUCUCAGUGACGUCCGAACUUGGAGGCCCGAACAACUUGGCUUCGUUUGACGGUGAGGUGGUAUGUGAGCCCCCCAACAACAAGCUGGAUCGUUUCUGUGGGACUCUGUACUGGAGAGACAAGAAAUACACCCUGACCAACCAGAACAUGCUGCUGCGAGGAUGUGUCCUCCGCAACACGGAGGCCUGCUACGGCCUCGUCAUCUUUGCAGGCCCAGAUACCAAGCUGAUGCAGAACAGCGGUCGCACCAAGUUUAAGCGUACGAGCAUCGAUCGCCUGAUGAACACUCUGGUCCUCUGGAUCUUUGGCUUCCUGGUGUGUAUGGGUGUCAUCCUUGCUGUUGGUAACGCCGUGUGGGAGAGAGAGGUGGGCUCCCUGUUUCAGAGCUACCUGCCCUGGGACCCUCCGGUGGACAACUUCCUGUUCUCGGCCUUCCUCUCCUUCUGGUCUUACAUCAUCAUCCUCAACACCGUGGUGCCUAUCUCUCUGUAUGUCAGUGUGGAGGUGAUCAGGCUGGGCCACAGCUACUUCAUUAACUGGGACCAGCAGAUGUUUUGCUCCCAGUGUAACACAGCAGCUGAGGCCAGGACCACCACCCUGAACGAGGAGCUGGGCCAGGUUGAGUAUAUCUUCAGUGACAAAACUGGAACUCUCACUCAGAACAUCAUGAGCUUCAAUAAGUGCUCCAUCAAUAGACAGACUUACGGUGAAGGAACAGACCCGUUGGGACCUCAGCCAAAGAGAUUGGACUUCACCCCCUUCAACCACCUGGCGGACCCAGACUUCUGUUUCUAUGACGACACCCUGCUGGAAUCAGUGAAAGUGGAAGACGCACACACUCAUGAGUUUUUCCGCCUGCUCUCCCUCUGUCACACCGUCAUGAGUGAGGAGAAGAGUGAGGGAGAGCUGCUUUAUAAGGCUCAGUCUCCAGAUGAGGGCGCUCUAGUGACAGCAGCUCGAAACUUCGGCUUUGUGUUUCGCUCCCGAACACCCGGGACGAUAACCACGAUAGAGAUUGGACGACCUGUCACCUACACUCUGCUCGCCAUACUGGACUUCAACAACAUACGCAAGAGGAUGUCUGUUAUAGUGCGUAACCCAGAGGGCAGGAUCCGUCUGUACUGUAAAGGAGCCGACACUGUGCUGCUGGAGAGACUUCACCCCUGUAACCAGGAACUGAUGAAUAUCACCUCAGACCACCUCAAUGAGUAUGCAGCAGAUGGUUUGCGGACGCUGGCGCUGGCCUACAGGGACCUGUCAGAGGACGAGUGGGAGGCAUGGUCAGAGAGCCACCGCUGCGCCGACAAGGCCGCCAGCUGCAGAGAGGACCGACUGGCAGCCGCUUACGAGGAGAUAGAACAAGACAUGAUGCUCCUGGGUGCCACCGCUAUAGAGGACAAGCUGCAGGAAGGCGUCCCAGAAACCAUCGCUGUCCUCAAUCUGGCUAACAUUAAGAUCUGGGUUCUCACUGGAGACAAGCAGGAGACCGCUGUCAAUAUAGGUUACUCCUGCAAGAUGCUGACAGAUGAUAUGGCCGAGGUGUUCAUCAUCAGUGGACACACUGUCCAGAGCGUACGGCAGGAGCUCGGGAGAGCGAGGGAAAGAAUGAUCGAGCUCUCGCGACCCAGAGAUGGCGGGAAGGAGGAGGGGAUGGAGGGAUGUUUCAUUGGUAAUGGGUUCAGAGAGGGACAAGAAGGAGAUGGUACGGUAGGAGGAGGAGGGAAACAGCUGCAGUGCCCUCCUCCUCCUCCUCCAUCACCACCACCACCUCCCUCCAACCUCAUGGACAACAUCUCUGGAGAGUUUGCCCUCGUAAUCAACGGUCACAGUCUGGCCCACGCACUAGAAGCAGACAUGGAGAUGGAGUUUGUGUCGACGGCAUGCGCGUGCAAAGCAGUGAUUUGCUGCAGAGUCACCCCGCUGCAAAAAGCUCAGGUGGUGGAGCUCAUCAAGAAACACAAGAAGGCCGUCACUCUGGCUAUAGGAGACGGAGCGAACGACGUUAGCAUGAUCAAAAGUGCUCAUAUCGGAGUUGGUAUCUCAGGUCAGGAGGGGAUCCAGGCCGCACUGUCCAGUGACUACUCCUUCUCCCAGUUCCGCUUCCUACAGCGUCUCCUGCUGGUGCACGGUCGCUGGUCCUACCUGCGCAUGUGCCGUUUCCUCUGCUACUUCUUCUACAAGAACUUUGCCUUCACCAUGGUGCACUUCUGGUUCGGCUUCUUCUGUGGCUUCUCGGCGCAGACGGUGUAUGAUCAGUACUUCAUCACUCUCUACAACAUUGUCUACACCUCCCUCCCUGUGCUGGCCAUGGGGAUAUUUGACCAGGAUGUUCCUGACCAGAGGAGUCUGGAGUAUCCUAAACUGUAUGAGCCCGGGCAGCUCAACCUCCUCUUCAACAAGAGAGAGUUCUUCAUCUGCAUCGCCCAGGGCAUCUACACAUCCGUGGUGCUGUUUUUUGUCCCCUGUGCCGUCCUGUCCGACGCCACUCAAAGCACCGGUGUGCCCCUCGCCGACUACCAGACCUUUGCAGUCACCACAGCAACAGCCCUGGUCAUUGUGGUCAGCGUACAGAUCGCUCUGGACACAGGCUUCUGGACUGUUAUCAACCACGUGUUGUUGUGGGGCUCUCUGGGCUGCUACUUCACCAUCAUGUUCGCUCUGCACAGUCAGACCCUCUUCAGGAUCUUUCCCAAUCAGUUCCACUUUGUAGGCAGUGCCCAGAGCACAUUGUUGCAACCGGUCGUGUGGUUAACUAUUGCGCUGGCGACAGCAAUAUGCAUAGUUCCAGUUUUGGCAUUCCGCUUCCUCAAGGUGGACCUCAAACCUCAGCUCUCCGACACGGUGCGCUACACUCAGCUGGUGCGUCAGAAGAAGCGAAAGCCGGUAGGUCGUAGCAUGGGAGGUGCCUGGCGUGGGGUGGGCAGCGUGUCAGAGGGCCGUCUGGGCGCUCGCAGCGGUUCCAGGAGGUCAGGCUACGCCUUUGCCCACCAGGAAGGAUUUGGAGAGCUGAUCACCUCAGGGAAGAACAUGAGGCUCUCGUCUCUGGCCCUGGCCUCCUUCGCCUCCAGACACAGCUCCAGCUGGAUCGACACGCUCCGCAGGAAGAAACCAACUCACGCUCACACUCCCCCCAGCGCCUCCGGGGAGUGCAGCCCAGCACCCAGUUGUGUCUCUGGGUCCGUUCCGCCGCUCUCAAACUCCUCCUCUGUUCUGGGCGGCUCACAAGAUGCGCCCAUCGAGGAGGAGACGGGCGCAGCGCCAUCCCAAAAUAUGCCGACUGUUCCCGUUUCAUCCACACAAACACCACCAGCUUCAGAAGCAGCUGCACCUCAGGGUUCAGUCCAGGCCCUCAAUGCUGGCGUCCUCACCGCCGCAGCAGUGAGGUCCCAUGGGGGAGACACACCUGGAGGCUGGACGAUCACUCUGGGCGCCGUGCAGGAAGCUCUGUUUGGUUGGAAGGCUAAGCCCACUGCAUCCAACAGCCCGGGCCCAACCUCUGUUGCCAAGGAAACCAGCCAGAUUGAGUGAAACAUUCAAAAUAAACGGAGGAAUAACUCGUUCACUACUGUCCAUCCACAUGUUUGCACACACAUACGGGAUGUGUUGUGUGCUUACCUGGAGAGACACUGAGACAUCGAGAGCAGACUGUCAUAAUACACUGUGCUCUUCUCUCUGUUUCCCAACUGAAGCUUCUAUAAUAAAUCAAACAAAUCCAAAUCAUAGGAAGAAAUGAAGUGGCACAUCCGAAUGACAUGGACCUUGUGUGGUGAUAUACACGUUGCCACGGCAUAUGAUAACUGUGCUCAUGAAUGACGAGAACAUCACGAGAUUUACAGUAUUUAACUGAAGGAAUGCAGCAGGUUGCGGAAACAUAAUUAAUGACCUAAAAUAAUGUUUCCACUUGUCACUUCAAAUUUAGCCUCACUCACAACCAAGUCGCGCAGCAUCUCUCAAAAUCAGCAGUGGGUUGAAGAACAAGACUUUGAAUCAGUGAAGUGCAGGCAUUAUUAUCUGUAAAUAUGUUUUUGUUCAUUAUAGUUCUCAGUGAGAACGGUGCUUUACGUUACAGGACACUGUGUACCUUAUCUCCCAUUGAUCUGUUUUCUUACUUACUAUACCUCGACUUCACAUGUUCUUUUUUGCAUCAUAUUGAUGUGUUUUGUAAUGGCCUCGUUGAGUUGCAUCUUAAAGCAAGCUCUCAGUGCUUUUUCUCCUCUUUGCAAGUUUUUUUUUUUUUUCUUUUGCUCUGACAAAAGGGCCAGAUCAUGUUAACAAACUGCCACUGGCUUACUUUAGGUUGGGAAAAGUGCAAAGAAACUCUGUGAAAACAAAAAAGGCAGUAGCAGACAUUUGAAUGUGAUUUGUCAAACAGACUGUACUUGUCCAUGAAUAAAGGGAAGGUGUUUGGAGAUAAUGAUGCCUUAACGAUGCCAACAUUUUGGUCCUCGAAGCUCUUUCUGGUCCAUCAGUCAAGUACAACAUCCAUCUGUGUUGCAAAUGCUCCUGUUCAUUACUGACGAGAUAAUAAGUAGAGGAACCAGAGAAACGAUAUAAACCUAUUCCAGGGUCUGUCCCUUUUACUACAGUCUUCAACAAAGCAGAAUGCUAACAUGAUCUGCAAAAACAAGGCUGGAAAUUAAUGUACUGUGCAGUAUUUGGCCCCAUGAAUUGUUUAAGCUUGGGUCGGAGCUGUUGAACGGUGGUCAAUAAACAUGUCAUCUCUCUUUCAAGGGAGAGAAACAAA